AUGAAGCUCUUCAGCUCAAAUGCUUUUCUCCCUUUGCACAGACACCUGGCCAAGCAGCCGUCCCUUCGAGGUCUUCUGAGGGACCCCAGUGCCUGUGAAAGUCUGAAGGGUUUGUCAGAAGAACAGGUGAGGAUAUGCCAUCGCCAGGUGGAAGCCAUGGACAUGGUGAAGCGGGGUGCUGAGGUGGCCCUUGAGGAAUGCCAACACCAGUUUCGCAAUCGCCGCUGGAACUGUUCUACCUUGCAGGGCCUGCAGGUUUUCGGGAAAGUUAUUCUGCAAGGCACACGAGAAUCAGCCUUUCUUCAUGCUAUCUCUUCAGCCGGUAUUGCUUUUGCUGUGACCCGAGCCUGCAGCCAUGGUGAACUUGGAAAGUGUGGGUGUGAUCGCAAGGUCAGAGGAGUCAGCCCUGAAGGUUUCCAGUGGUCCGGCUGCUCUGACAACUUGUCCUAUGGCAUUGCCUUCUCCCAGGCCUUUGUGGACACCCCAGAGCGGAGUCGUGGAGCCUUCUCCAGCCGAGCGCUAAUGAACUUGCACAAUAAUGAAGCAGGGAGAAAGGCCAUCCUGUCCCAAAUGAAGGUGGAGUGCAAGUGUCACGGGGUGUCGGGGUCCUGUGAGGUCCGCACAUGCUGGAAGGUCAUGCCCCCGUUCCACAAAGUGGGCAGCAUCCUGAAGGAAAAAUUUGAAGGGGCCACGGAAGUGCACCUGGAACGUGUAGGGUCCCAAAAGCUGCUGGUCCCGAAGAGUUCCCGCUUCAAGCCCUAUGCCACUCACGACUUAGUCUACUUGGUGGCCAGUCCGGACUUCUGCAACCGGGACCCGCGUGGAGGGGUCUUGGGCACCUCGGGGCGCCAGUGCAACAGGACUUCCCCUGCCGCGGGGGGCUGUGAGCUGCUGUGCUGCGGGCGCGGCUUCCGCACCGCUCAGGCGAAAGUCGUGGAGCGGUGCAGCUGUACGUUCCGCUGGUGCUGCUCUGUCAAGUGCAGGCAAUGCCAGCAUCUGGUGGAAGUGCAUCGCUGCCGGUAG